AUGAAGACCCCCCUGGGAUCUAUGCGCCCAUUCAAUACGUACAACAUUCCGUCCAUUAUCAACAACACAAAGGUGCACAGCACGUAUAGAGAAAAUCAGAGACGAAAUGAAGACGACUUGAGGAAGAUUUACAACAAAGAGUUGGUGGCAUUCCCGUAUGACGAGGAAAGAUUUAAUAAGCUGCUAAAUAUUCAAGGGAUGGUGAGAAGAAAAAAUGUUGCUGAUUUUUUCUUCAAUCCAGACAUGUACAUCAAUGUGAAGAAUGACAGAGUAAGAAAUGUCACGCCUUCCCAUUUCGCCAUUGAAAAUGUGGAUAAGUGCUUCCUAUUCCAGAAGGAGCAGUUGGACGGGUUUUUCCCCGAGGGGCUUGGCGGGGAGUUGCCCAAGGAUAUCUUGAUGAACGAUGGGGGGGGUGACGAUUGGGAGAGCGGCACGCAAGCCAAAGGAAAGGAGGCCUUCCCCAAUGGUGACCACCAAAAUGAUAAUCUCGACUUGUUUCUUCGCGAACUGGAAAGGAAUGACAUCGUGCCAGAUCAACGUUUAAUAAAGAAUGCGCAACAGUUGAAGGGAGUAGGACUGCUGUUCAGAAAAUUGGCGUACGAAAUUGUAGAAGAGUUGAAACACUUUGAAGAGAAUUACAAAUUCAGCAAGCGGAGAGAUUCAUACAAGCUGGAUAGCUAUUUUUCGCAAGGAGAUGAAUGCGCUAGUUACUACCAUGGUGGUGAUGCGAAUGGAGACCCCACUGACGAGGUGUACAGAAAAAGGGACAACUCCAGGAGCAACCACGGUAGCCUCCCCAGCAGCGGCUACAACGGGAUGUCCUACAAAAGUAGAAGCUUCCUAAUAGACGGAAAGAGGGGAACAGGAAAGAGCUGCAUCCUGAAUACCAUCGUCCUUUGGGCCAAGUUAAACCAAUGGAUGGUUAUCUUCGUGCCAGAUAUAAAAAAAUACAAAUUCGACAUUAACACCAUUGUUCGAAGCAAUACGAAUUUGUACAUUCAGCCAGAACUGAGUAGACAAUUUCUGGAAGACUUAGUAAAAACAAAUGAAUCAUUUUUAAAAAGGUUAAAAGUUGAUAAAGGAAUUCUCGAAAAUACCUGCCUAGAUGGAACACAUUUAUUGUACAACAAAAAAAUUUAUGAUGAUAUUAUCAGAAAAACGAUCGAUGCGGAAGUAGCAAAUGAUGAACAAACUUAUAAUGCCUUAAGUGAAAAGGAAAAAAAUUUGUACAUGCAGAAAUUGUACAAAUUUUACUAUGACAAUGUAAAGAUACCCAACCUAUUGGAUAAAUUUUCAAUGCCCCCUAAUUUGUUAGAAUUAGCACACAUUGGCAUAAAUAAUGUGUCAUAUGCCAACCUUUGCAUCUAUGCAUUGUUUGAACAUUUUAAGAAACAAACUGAAUUCCCCCUUCUCAUAGCUGUCGAUCAGUUCAAUUUCAACCUUAGUGUCUCAGAAUAUCUUUCCAUAAAUUUUGAAAAUACAAAAUAUAAUGGGUACAUUCCUACGUACUAUUUUACUAUUCCCAAAUUGCUACUCAAGUGGGACGCCAAUAAAUAUAAAAGGUGCGUUAAAAUUGCUUCCACCUGUUGGGACCGAGAAAAUAGGAGAAACUUCAGGCCAGAACUCCUGGGCAUACACAAAAGGGACGUUAAAACCGCUCGUAAUUUCACCCUGCGCGAGUUUAAGAAUUACGUUUCCCAUUUGUACAACCAGAACGUCAUAUACAACUUCGAUGUGAACAAGCUGGAAUACUUCUACAUGCUAACUGGAGGAAAUGGCUUUCAGGCAAGAAAGCUCUUAACCACAUUGUAUUGA